GCCGUCGAUACCGCGUAGACGCGCUACGCCACGCGACCGGGUGAAAACUUAGUUCGUUCGUGUAUUUGGGUCACAGCCAUGAAGACCGGCUACCGCAACCUACUGGCGAUGACAGUGAUGUGCCUGAUGAUGGGCGCCGCGGCCAGUCCAGCGAGAAGGUCGCAGGACAUCGAGGCGCGGCGCAGGAGUGCUGUAGACCGGAGUCUAAUCAGGUUCGGCAGAUCGUACCCGGCAGAGCCAUCGGCAGCCGACAUCCGGGAGCUCCUCCAACGCCCCGUGCGAAGAGGCACCAGCUUCUUACGCCUUGGCAGAUCCCAACCCUUGAACUCUGACGACAUCAUAUCCCUCUUAAAAUCUUACGAGGAAUACGAAGAACCAAGCAAGAGGGGAACUACCUUCAUGAGACUUGGAAGGAGCCCGCAGUUCAUGAGACUAGGCAGGUCUGGUGAUAAGCCUGAGGAAACUGGGUACCAAGAGAGGAAGAGCAGGGCAAGAGACCAGUUCCUGAGGCUUGGGAGGGAUAGUGAGGAAUUCAGCGAGGUUGACGAAGAAGACGAGGAAAGCAGAAAGAAGAGAGACACUUGCCCAGAGUGUCAGGCGUAAUUCUGUUGCGUUUUGUGGCUUGAGGUUUCUAGGACUAAUUGGUUUACCUAUUAGUUCUUGAAUUUGAAAUUAUUAAAAUAAAAGUUCAACUAAAAACAUGGGUCCAUUCUGCUGAUCCAGAAUCAGUAUUUUAUUUUAAGGUACGCACAAUUUUUUAAAA